UGUAAAUUAUAUUAGCUAUUUUAGACUACAUAUAGGUAGUGUAUUCAAAUGAACUGUUUAUUUAUACCCUUGAGGUUAAAAUAAGAGAGAGAGAGAGAGAGAGAGAGAGAGGGUGCAUGGAGUGGAGAGAGAGAGAGAGAGAGAGAGAGAGAGAGACAGGACAGCACAGAUUGACAGAUAGAACAUGAAACAAUGGGCCUUUUAAAAUUUUUAUACAGAUACACAGAGAAAGGGGAAGAGAUUUGGAGAUGAAAUGAUAAAGAGAGAGAUUGGAGCGAUAGACACAGAGGAAGAGAGAUAGCAGUGGGAGAGAUAGAGCAAGAGAAAGUGAUAUUGCCAGCACACACACACACACACAAAAACCCCGGAAUUGUACAAUUUCUUCUUCUUUUUUUAAUUGGUGAAACAGAGAGAGAGAGAGAGAGAGAGAGAGAGAGAGAGAGAGAGAGAGAGAAUCGAGGGGCGGGAGGAGGGCGAGCGCAGAGAGAGAGAGAGAGAGAGAGAGAGCGUGUGUGUGUGUGUUUUUAUGAAUGAAGCACGGUGACUCAGGGAUGUGUCAUACAGAACGUCUUUAUAAAAGGAAGUUUUAAACAAGCCUAAACAUUUCACUGCGCGAAAAAUCACUUACACCACACACACUCGCAUCCCUCUCUCCCUCUCUCUCUGUCUCCACACCUCUCUCUCUCUUUUUUUUUGACCCUCUCCAUCCUUCCUAGUGUUCGCGUGUCUGUUCCAGGUUGGUGUGCUCAAAUGCUCUAAAGGGAGAAAUUAGACACUUCUGCACCCACUCAGGACCAGCUUCUUUUCCAUCUUCUCCUCUACUCCGUCCCUUUCCUCCUCUCUCUCUCUCUCUCUCUCUCUCCUCCUGUCUGACACGAACCGCCGCUCGGACACUGAAGAAGAAGAAGAACUAGAAGAAGUAGUAGUAGAAGAAGAAGAAGAAGAAGUUCGGAGCACGUGACAAAGAGCCGGAACUCCGUUUAUUUAUUCUUUUUUUUUUUUUACACUCUUAUUUAUUUAUUUAUCUAUCUAUCUCACUAUUUAUAUGCAACAUAUUUAUUAGCUUACUUCAAGGAUUCACACAAACAUGAAAUUGCUGCUCGACUCCUCCUCCUCUCUGCUCUUCUCCGUCCUAUUGGCUCAGCUGCCGUUGUUUACGUCGGCGCUUCCCGCCCACACGCGACGUCCUGACUUCGACAAGCUGACCAACCAGACAAGGCAUCUGCAGAAGAUGACCCACGACCUAAUAAAUGACCACAAGGGUGAACCGGUGAUCGACCACAACAGGUUCAAAUCUCUUCCAGCCAUCAGCAGCAGAGCCAAUGACCUUAGCUCACUGGAGUUGAAGCCUACACUUACUCAGCUCCAUGCCGAUUUCAAGACUUUUGAACACCAUUUCGAGUGGCUGAACAAGGUGACACAGAAGCACCAUCACCCCACGGCAUCAAAGCUAGGCGAAAUGAUCUCGCAUAUUAAGAGUCUCAUCGGCCUGUUACAUCGCCAGAUGCAGUAUGUGGAUGCCCCUCGGAUCGUCCUACCUCCUCUAUCCCUUCCUCAGCCCUCCUCCCAAUGGGAGAUGAAUCAGUCUUCACAGCUGCUUCUUCAGAGGUUCAGGCUUUUCUGUGAUUGGGCGGCGCGUGCUUUCCUCAGCCUCAAGUCCAAAACGCAGGCAUGAGGGUUACCAUCAACCUAUCAAGACCCACCAUUUCUACACUACAGCAAAUGGCAUCCUCUCCAGCCAUUCCUCUGUCCGUCUAUGAACUACCAGCCUGGUGCGUAUGUGAGCUGAUCAAAUGGCAGCAACGUUGGCGGCACUGAUCUGUAGUCAUUGGCACAUUGAAGCCACAGUGCAAAAAUGAGAACUCCACCUGUCUGCUACAGCUGUGAGUGUUUGGACUACAGCAACACAUCACUGCCAACAGCCUGCUUCUGAUCAUCUGCAUAAUUUCAUCUAAAUUUCACUUUCUUCUUUCGCUCUUCAUGUUUAAAAAAAAAAAAAAAAAAUCAACCUUUUCAUUAUUUAUGUAUUUAUUUAUUUAUUGAGCGGUUAUUUAGUUAUUUAUUUGGUGUCAUUAUUUAUUUGAUUAUUUGAGAGAAAAAAAACACCGUCAUUUUCUUUACCAGUUAUGUACAAGUUUAAAAGUAAAAUGUACUGUCUUGCUGUUUACCAUCUUUCUUUCCUAUAUUAUUGUCUUCUAGCCAUUUUUCCAAAAAUCUGUUGAUAUGCCUCCUAUUUAACAAAUUGUAUACUUUCUCAUAUCUCUCUCUCUUUUUAAAUUCGGGAGGCACGUGUUCACGAUUGUUAACUAGAUUGUUUUGCCACUAGAUGUAGCAAUAUUGCUGGGUUUGUAUGGUGUCUGUUAGUGUAAAAUGAUAAAUUAGCAAAUGUGGGAGGGGGGGGGGAGUGUCACAAAGCACUGACCUACACCAUUGCUGCCUUUUUUUAUCUCCUUUUUUUUUUGUCUCUUUCUUUGCACAGUAUAUUUGGGUUUGUGUUUUCGAUCCUCUGAUUCAGAAGAUGUGCUUUUUGACGACUAACCUGUUCUUAAGCAAUGUUAAAUGAAAGAAAAAAAAUAAGAAAAACAACCCAAGCCUUAAAAUACUAUGUAUUGUGAUAUCGUGAUUAUUUGGUAAUGUACAGGUGUACAUACAUCAUCCUGAAUGUAAAUUGUUAUGUACAGUGCAAAUGUGUAUUAUAUUAUAGUUUUCUAUGAUAUAAGGCCCCUUGCUCUGGCAAUUGUAUCGCAAUAUCGAAAUUAUUUUGUUUUGAUUUUUUUUUUUUUAGUAUUUUGAUAUACUAUUUAUUAUGUUUUCAUGUUAUUUAUUUUCACUGAAGAGAAGCAAGCCUUCUGUAAUUUUUAUACUUUUAUACUACUUAUAAUCAGACUUUAUCAUUGCUAUUGAAAUUUUUAUGUUCAACUGCAUUGCCUCACAUGAUGUAGGUGACAUUGCUGUUUGACAGAAAGAUGUCAAGAGUGUGUCAGAUACAAUAAUAAAGAGUUAAUAGCAACGAAUAUUGAAGCUUUAUUUUUUUCUUUCCUUUUGUCGUUUUCAGUAGCUAAAGGCUAAACCUAACAAAACGUGGCCUGUUUUAAUGCCAUCUAUUGAGGAACCACACUGAUUAAAUGAGAACCCUGAGACUAUAUCAGUUCAAUUAAAUCUUAUUCUUUUUGUAUAGCGUUGUUAACAAAGGACUGGCACCCUGUCCAGGGUGUACCCCGCCUUGUGCCAGAUGCUCCCUGGGAUAGGCUCCGGGUUCCCCGUAACCCUGAAAAGGAUCAGUGGUAUAGACGAUGGAUGGAUGUUAACAAAGGACACAGCUUUACAGAAAAAUAUCCCUAAUGAGCAAUCCAGAGGCGAUAGUGGCAAGAAAAAAAUUCAUUGAGAGGACAUGAGGACGAUACCUUGAGAGG